AGAGGGACCAUUUAAAGUGGACUUGACUGGGUCUAGGUUAUUUUAUUUAUUUAUUUAUUUUUAAAUCUUCCUUUUAUGAAAAUGCACGCUUUAUUCGCUUUUGUUCAAACGAAGUAUAGGGCCUAACCCUAAUAUACAACUUUGUGAUAUUCAUGACAUUAAAAAAAAAAAAAAAAAUCGCAUUAUUAUUAUUUUAAUAAUACUUGUGUAAAUUCACGUGAAGUAUUUUAAAACUUUAAAAUUGAUGGUUUCCACUAGUCUUUUGGAAAACAAUGCAUGAUAAUUUGGCACGCGUGUUUUAAACUAAACCAUUAAAUUUUUAUCAUCUGGAGCAUUUGUCAUUGACCCGUAUAUAUAGAGGCUCCACAGUAGAAGGUAAGCUUGAGACUCACCGGUCUGAACUGGGCGUAUGAGGAAUGUUGCGCUAAAUACCGCAACGCGCAUGCGCAGCGCAUUCAUAGGCCACUAUAUAGCAUACUGAGGCCUACAGCUCCUCUGUUCUCAUGAUCCUGGUUCAGCUCUCAGCUAGUGGGCUUUGAAGCUUCAUAUGAGGAGUGUGUGCCAAACAGUAGCUAAAUGCUGCCCCCAUUUGGAUGCUGUGUGUCAUCUUUCAUUUUCCAGAAAAGCGAGAUGAGCAGAAAUAAUCAUCUUGACAGCAAGCCGAGGAGAAGAUGCCUCAACCCAAGGUGAAGCUGGUGGUGACGGGAGAUGAUUUUGGGUACUGCGAGAGAAGAAAUCAAGGGAUUGUGGAUUGCUUCAGAGCUGGUGGGAUCUCCAAUGUCUCUCUUCUGGUCAACGCAGUCUCAGCGGAGCACGCAGCAGAGCUGGCUAAAAGGAAUCACAUCCCCAUUGGACUCCAUGCGAAUCUCUCGGAGGGUCUUCCAGUGUCUCAGGAUCUAAAGGGCUCAACACUCCUCAACAAGGAUGGAUUCUUCCAUGGCAAGAUGGGCUUCCGGGAGGUUUUGCAGAGCGGUCAGCUCAAGAUAUCAGAGGUGGAGGCGGAGCUCAGAGCCCAGGUAAAUCGAUUUUGUGAACUGGUUGGCCACAUGCCCUACCAUAUGGACGGCCACCAGCAUGUGCACAUUCUGCCAGAGGUGCGAGAGGUGUUUGCACAAGUUCUCUCUGAUUUUGGAAUCACCUACACACGGGUCCCCAUAGAACCCGGACUUAAAUUUUGCACCUUCCUCCCGCCGCAUCUGCGAGACUUCAACGCACAGGUUGAAAAAGAUGCCCUUGAAUCUAUCGUGGUCUUUCAUCGUCAUGGAAUUAGAUGGCCCGACGUAUACCUGGGCCUGAGCACCAUGGGUAAGAACAUGUCUGUGUCCAACCUGAAGCGUGCUUUGGGCUUCACGCUGGAAGCUUCACUAGAAGACAGUGUGUCCUCCCCGUUGAUACAGUCCAAUGAUGCCGUGACCGACUCCUAUCGUCCGGUUACAGCAGAGCUCAUGGUGCAUCCAGGAUAUCCAAGUCAACCUCACCAGGGCGGAUGUGGAGAAGGACCGGAUGACUUCUCACAGUCCGCAGACCGACUACACGAGCUGAAUACUUUGAGGGACCCUUUGGUGCUUAACUACUACAAGCAACAGGGGAUCCACCUCUGUACCUUUAAAGACUUUUAAACACUUAGAGCAGAGGAUUUGGGGUAUUGCAAACUGAACGUCUUCUGCUUUAAGACCUUGACCCAUACCUCAAUUAGUCAUUAGAGUACGAGUGCUUGGUUUGGGAAAGACAGAGAAAUCGGCACGAAGUUUUAUUGUGCUUCUUCCAAAGCCCAUACGAACAAUUUGAACCUGCUACUUGAAGCAGAGUUGACCUGUUUUUAAAAUUUCAACUAUUAGAUUGACCUGUUUUUAAAUUGUUCAACAAGACAUUUAGUUUAAGUUUAGUUCACUUUUUUUUAAGCAGCCAGACCAUUUUCAAUAUAGUAUGGAAGCCCGUUUCCACCACUGAAAAAAAAAAAAAAAACUUAUUGCGACUUUAUCUCACAAUUCUGAGAAUUUUUCAUUGCGAGUUAAAAAGUCAGAACUGCAAGAUGAAAAAGUCGCAAUAACCUUUUUUUAUUUUUUAUUCAGUGGCGGAAAUGGGCUUCCAUACUAUAGAGAGCUGCGUCUUUAUAAUAGGUGCAAUUUUAUCUGGAAUAGUUUCUGAAAAUGUUGCCUCAUUUGAGCAAGUUUCUCUCAAAUCCAGAUAUUAAUACUGCAGAGAACUGUAAAAUCUAACAGCAAUGCCAUAUUUAUGACUGUAACAUACUAUAUGAAGAUUUUAAAUCAACUGAACAUGUAGCAAUGACUUUAUAUAUUUAAAAAUCAAAGGUAUUUUGGGUACAAUGUUUUUAAUGAAUGUAUUUAUGAUAUUUUUAUGAACCUGAAAUAAAAAGUUCCUUUUA